CACGUCUUAAAUUAGGCGUUAAAACUUAACACGCACGUACGUAGUGAUUAGAGAAAAGGAAAAUCACUUUGAAAUUUUCCAUUUUUUUUUCCUUACCCAACUCCAAGGCUCCAUUAUAAAUACAAAGGAGGAGCAUUAAUCACUAUCACCAAUUAUUCAUUCAUUCGCUCGUUGUGGCUUCCCAUAAAAAAAACUAGGUUUAUUGUUUUUCUAUUUCAAAGUCUUUCGGUUGUGGUUGAUUCAGACACUUACCGUAGUUGUGUUUCGUCUUCUCCUCACAACGCCAACAGAAGCUAUGGGGUCGUUUAUAAAGCAACUAUUCUUUAGUUUAUUGGAAAAAACCAAAGGAAGAAACAAACUCUCGAGUCUCAACAAGGAAGAAAAGAAGAAGAAGAAGAAGAUGGAGAAGAAGAAGAAGAUGAAACUACACCUAGUGCUUGACUUGGAUCAGACGCUUCUCCACUAUGUCCCUGUUUCAGAGCUUUCUGAUAAAGAAAAAUAUAUAAUGCAAGAACUUGAUUCAAGGGUUGAUCUACUGAGUUCGUUUAACGGAGGAACUCCCAGGCAUCUGAUAAAGUUACGACCUUUCCUCCGCGAGUUUCUGAAAGAAGCCAACAAGCUUUUCCGCAUGCACGUUUACACGAUGGGCACGUACGGCUACGCGCGGUAUAUAUUGAGUGAGAUUGAUCCUGGUAAAAGAUAUUUUGGAAAUAGAGUCAUAACCAGAGAGAAAUCCCCUCAUAACAAGACCCUUGAUCGUAUCUCUGCUGAUCAACGAAGAGUGGUUAUUGUUGAUGAUAAUGCUAGUGCUUGGCCUCAACACAAACCAAACUUGGUGCAGGUCAAACAGUACAUUUAUUUCAGAUACCAGAUGACGAAUAAUGAUUCGGAAGAAGAAUUUUACUCUCACGCAGAGAAGAAGAGCGACGAGAGUCGAAGCAAUGGAUCAUUGUCUAAGGUUCUCAAAAUCCUUCAGAAAGCUCACACAAGAUUCCAACAAGAAGAGGAUUCUUACGACUUGAGGCUUUUGAUACGUGACUGAUCCUCCUCCUUGCACACACACACACACCACUGUUUGUUGAUUUUGACUUUCACUUU